AUGUACGAACAUACGAAGGUGAUUCUCUCUCUCCUCCUCCUGCCUCCUGUUUCCUGCACCAUCUCGCUGAAAGGGUUGCAAGGCCAGCUCACCUCUCUCGAUUAUCCCCAGGGUUAUGCCAAUGAUCUGCAGCAGAGCUGGGAGAUCGAAGUCCCUAGGGGUUAUGGCAUCAAACUCUCCUUCACCCACAUUGAUAUUGAACCAUCUCCUGACUGUGCCUACGAUCAUGUACAGAUCUUUUGUGAUGAAAUUCUUCAUCCUCUAAUCUGUGGCAGCAAUAGUAGAGAGGGGAAACAAUUCCAAUUCCCCCAGGAGUACUACACCACUGGAAAAUGGAUGAGAGUGACGUUUGUAUCGGAUUUCUCCAAUGAGGAACGCUAUACUGGAUUUGCAGCCUAUUAUACAGCUGUUGAUAUCAAUGAAUGUGAGGAGGAGGAUCCUUGUAGUCAUUACUGCAACAACUAUAUUGGAGGAUUUCAUUGCUCCUGUCGACCAGGCUACUUCUUGCAAGAAAACCAAAGAACCUGUGGAGUGAACUGCAGUGGGGAAGUAUUGACUAGCUUCAAGGGCGUUAUCACCAGCCCCAAUUAUCCCAAACCUUACGCAGAGAACUCCCAGUGCCAGUACAGAAUCCAGAUCGAGCAAGGCUUCGAGGUGAUCCUGGAAUUUGCAGAGGAUUUUGACGUGGAAGGGGACCCUUCAAUCGGUUGCACAUCUGAUGUCUUAAAGGUCACAUCUGGAGCAAAGAAAUAUGGCCCUUUCUGUGGAGACCAAGCACCUGUUGUAAAAGGACAUCUGUCAAAUGUGGUGGAGAUAACUUUCGAUACCGAUGGCCAUGGACAGAAGAAAGGGUGGAAGAUAAUUUACAGAUCAACUGCUAAACAAUGUUCCACUGAUAUCUUGGAGCAUAGCAUUAUUCAGCCAAAGAAAGUGGAAUAUGAUUAUAAAGAUUCUGUGCAGCUGCAUUGUGAGUCCGGGUUUGAACUCUACGAUAUACAGAGAAGUGAGCACAUCAGUUCUGCAUUGGUGCAUUGCCAGAAAGAUGGGAGCUGGAACAGCAACUUGUACAUCUGCAUGCCUGUGGACUGCGGACCUCCCACAAAACUGAUGAACGGACAUGAGAACUUCAUAAGCACAGUUUACACAUCCCAGAACCAGUACAGCUGUGAAGAGCCAUACUAUAAACUUGAAGGAAACGCUGUCUUUAACUGCUCGGAAGAAGCUGAAUGGAUAGAUGCCACGAGUGGGCAACUGACCCUGCCAAAGUGCAAACCAGUCUGUGGGAAUUGCCUACUCUCCUCCAAAACUGGCCGCAUUUUUGGUGGCCAGCAAGCAAAACCGGGCUAUUUCCCCUGGCAACUGCGGUUGGUCACCACCAGGGGUGAGAUGGGUGGCGGAGCCCUGAUCUCUGACAGAUGGGUGCUGACCGCCGCUCACCUCUUUGACAACUCGCUCCAGGUGGAAAUCCACGGUGGAUUGGUUGAUCUAAGAAGAAGAUCGCCAGAAGGUGAGCUCCCCAUGGAAUUGGCCAUCAUCCAUCCCAGCUACAGGAAGCAAGUUGAGGACGGACAGCCUAAUUUCAAUCAUGACAUUGCACUGAUCAAGCUCCGAGAGAAGGUCAAACUGAGAUCCAAUUUGGCCCCCGUGUGCCUGCCUGGACCAGGAGGGGCAUCUCUGCCGGACGAUGGUACAUUGGGUUAUAUUUCAGGGUGGGGUAGGAUGGAAAAGAGGAAACUUGCCGUGAUUCUACAGUAUGCUGAGGUACCCAUCGUCAGCAUGGAUGAGUGUAAGAAUUCCAACUACGAUGGACCGAAGCCUGUUUUCACCCCUAACAUGAUCUGCGCUGGACUACCAGGCGUUGACUCCUGCCAAGGGGAUAGUGGGGGCCCCUAUGUGUUCAUAGACCUUCAGAACCCCAGUCGCCACGUUGUCAGGGGGAUCGUGUCAUUUGGACCCCAGGAAUGCGGCAAUUAUGGGGUGUACACCCAUGUGGGGAACUAUGUGGACUGGAUUGAGACAACCAUGAAGGAACACGAGGACAGGGAGACCGACUUGGAAGUCAUAUAACUGUAUUAAUACAUUGUGAUAUUGGUCACAAUAAAAUAUAAUCUGCCUGUUUACCAUAUUCUCUCCUCUUUCUCCCUCUGCCCUGUUCCCCUCAUUCUGAAAAGAAUUAUGUUUUGUUUCUUUCCCUCUCUAUCUCAAAUGUAAACUUGAUUUAAAAGAGCUAUGAAAUA